AUGAUUAGAUGUCCUUAAGUUGAUCAUCUAAAUCAAUAAAUAAUAGGGUUUUGUAUAGAUAAUAAAUGUCAAAAUGAAAGACCUUAUUGUCAAGUUUGUUUGCCUCGCCAUGAUCAACAUCUUAACAAGUUAAUAUCUUAGGAGCUAUUAUCAGAUUGGAUGAAGGAAAGAAUUCUUACGAUUUAAAAUGUUUAAAAGAAUGCUUAAGAGUGUGAAAUUGCUCUUGAUAAUCUAAUAAAUGUAUACCUUCCUUAUUUUAAAAUUAAUAUGUUACCAUUCUCAGAUUUGGAAUUUCUCAAAUUGAUUAAUUAAUUAAUGAUAUAUGUUAAAUAGAGGAUUGUGAAGAAACUUUAUUUAAAUAGCUUAAACAAACAAUAGAACAAAUAAAAUUGAUUAUAAAUGCAAUAUUGAAAAAAAGAAAGAAUCAAAAAAAUAUAAAGUAAAUAGAUAAUUAAUAAAUUACAAAUAGCAUUGUUGAUAAAUAAAUAUUAGAAUAACCGAAGUAUCAGUUUAUAUAAGAAUCAAAUCUAAAUCCAUUAACCUUUGACCUCAUAAAGGAAAAUUCAGUUAAGUAAAGAAGGGUGUUAUGCUAUUGCUUCCAAUACAGAUUAGUCAAUCCUGUUAGCUGGAUGUGAUAAGGAUAUCAAAGUAUUUCAACAUAUAAGAGG